AUGGGUAGCGCUAAUGGUGUCGAUACUCUGAGGUGUCGGUUGGGGAAGACAUUGUCCUACCAUAGCCAGAGCCUCCAGCAAAAGGAUCAAAGAGUCAGUCCGGACGGAUACGCCGGCAAAACGUGUGUGAAGUUAGCCUUCUUCUCAUCAGGUUGUGUCGUGCCGAAAUCUUUGUUCACACAAGAGGAACUGCCUCUCAUCGCGUGUUUGAUCUUGUUUCGCGGCAUGGUAAAACGGGGAUUGCUGAGCGCCAAGCGAGGCAGCAACAACUACAGUUUUAAAGAGUUUCGUAUAGCCCAGAACGUUUCUGAAGAAAACCGCACCGUGGUGUCAGCACCGGAGAUCGAUUCCCAACCACCGCCAAACGUCCUAUUAGUGGGGGUGGACUCCAUGUCAAGGCUCAAUAUGAUUAGACAACUGAACAAAACAUAUCACUUUUUGACCGAGCGCUUGGGAGUGUUUGAAUUCCAUGGCUACAACAAAGUCGCCGAUAACACGUUUGUCAAUGUGGUGCCGCUACUUACUGGCAAGUUUGUGCAUGAAGUACCUUCAAGUGGAAAGAAAAUACACGUGGAGAAAUAUGAAUACAUGUGGAAGGAAUUCUCCAAAGCCGGAUAUCUUACACUUUUGGCUGAAGACCACCCACAAAUUGCCACGUUUAACUACCUUAAGCCCGGUUUUCCUAAACAGCCCACUGAUUACUAUCUAAGACCUUUCAGUUUAGCCAUGAGCAAAAAUGGCGGUCUGUGGAAUAAGUAUUUUGACAAUACCAUUUUGUUUUUCUUCGGCGAUCACGGAAUGCGCUGGGGCGCCUUACGUAAUACUUAUGUUGGAAAGAUGGAAGAACGGUUGCCGAUGCUGCUGUUAUAUUUACCUCCUUGGUUCAAGUCCAGAUAUCCCCAGAUAACAAACAACGUACAUAUCAAUGCUCACAGACUUACUACUCCCUUUGAUGUUUAUUAUACUCUUAAGGACAUAGCCUCAAGGAGGUUUGAUGGCGCUUCGGACCUCCAGAAGGUUCGACGGGGGUUCAGUUUGUUCGGAAAGAUUCCACUAAGCAGGACGUGCGAGGAGGCAGAGAUUGCCCCUCACUGGUGCACCUGUCAAUCACAGGUGGAAGUCCACGCCCAGGACAAAACUGUCAUUGCUGCAGCCAAGUGGUGUAUAGAACACUUGAACCGUAUCAUCAAUAGCACUAAGUGCGCGGUUCUACAUUUAAAGGCCGUCAACAGAGCCUGGCGAUUUUCAGUCAGUUCUUAUCUGAAAAACAAGAGAGAAUAA